AAAGUAUCAUUAUUAUGAACUCAUCCACAUUAUGUCGCGUGUCGUACUCUCAUUAAUUUGCAGAAAAAAAGAAGAAAAAAUUGCAAAAAAAGACGUUACACUCAUUCUCUCACCGUAGUCAACCAACCCCACCUUCUAGUUUGACCCUUGCCCAACCAGUAAAAAAUCCAAGAACCUCUCGCUGCUGCGAUCGAUCACUCACGAACAAUGGGGUCGUUUCUGGGUUUUGUUGCUGUUUUUUCUCUGUUUCAGGUUAUCAUCUUUGCCUCUUUGACUAGUGCCGAGAAGACGGAUUCGCGGGCUCUUUUGAUUUCUGACGUUACAUCUGGGAAAAUGCACUCUGAAGAAUACUGUGCAAUGUAUGAUAUCUGUGGAGAGCGCAGCGAUGGGAAAGUCCUGAAUUGCCCUUAUGGUUCUCCCUCUGUGAAGCCUGAUGAGCUAUUUUCUGCCAAAAUCCAAAGUUUGUGUCCAACAAUAAGCGGGAAUGUUUGUUGCACGGAGCUUCAGUUUGAAACAUUGCGGGCACAGGUUCAACAAGCAAUUCCGUUCCUGGUAGGGUGUCCGGCAUGCUUGAGGAACUUCCUAAAUCUUUUUUGCGAGCUUUCUUGCUCUCCAAGUCAGAGUCAGUUUAUCAAUGUGACCUCUGUGUCCGAGGUUAAUGGCAAUAUGACUGUGGAUGCCAUUGAUUUUUACAUAGCUGACACUUUUGGAGAAGGGCUGUACAACUCUUGCAAGGAUGUUAAGUUUGGGACUAUGAACACACGGGCAAUAGAAUUUAUUGGGGCUGGUGCUAAAAACUUUGAAGAAUGGUUUGAUUUUAUUGGUGAGAAAGCAGCCCUCGGUUUCCCUGGUUCACCUUAUGCCAUUGACUUUAAGUUGACUGUUCCGGAGUCAUCUAGAAUGGAGCUCAUGAAUGUGUCCGUUUAUUCAUGUGCUGACACUUCACUGGGCUGCUCUUGUGGUGAUUGCCCUUCAUCCCAAGAGUGUUCUAAUCCCGAACCUCCUCCACAGAAGAAAGAUCCAUGCUCCAUCAGAAUUCUAUCCAUUGAGGUAAAGUGCAUUGACUUUUCUGUUGCCAUAUUGUAUAUUCUCUUAAUUUCUGCUUUCUUCGGUUGGGGCUUGUUUCACCGGACAAGUGAAAGGAGGAGAGUUGAAUCUAGCAAGGAACCAUUGUUGAAUGUCAUUCACGAUGAUGGCAUUGACUCUGUUAACUUGCAAAAGGAUGAAAGUGUUCUCACAAAGGGGCCUGAGAUAGAUCCUCAAGUUACAAAAAGGAUCCAAUUAGCUCCUGUUCAGGGAUAUAUGUCAAACUUUUACAGGAGUUAUGGAAGCUGGGUCUCCAGAAAUCCCACUUUUGUGCUCUUUUCAUCGGUGGCAAUUGUUCUUGUGCUGUGUGUAGGCCUAGUUCGUUUCAAGGUGGAGACACGGCCAGAGAAGCUGUGGGUAGGUCGUGGGAGCAAGGCAGCGGAAGAGAAACAAUUUUUUGAUAGCCAUCUUGCGCCCUUUUACAGAAUUGAGCAGCUCAUAAUAGCGACCAUGCCCGAUCCAAAGCAUGGCAAGUCACCAAGUAUUGUCACAGAUGAUAAUAUUCAGUUGCUUUUUGACAUACAGAACAAGGUUGACGGAGUUCGUGCUAAUUAUUCUGGCUCAAUGGUAGCUCUAACUGAAAUUUGCUUGAAGCCUGUUGGGCAAGAUUGUGCCACCCAAAGCAUUUUGCAGUAUUUUAGGAUGGACCCUGAAAAUUAUGACAGCUAUGGAGGAGUUGUACAUGCCGAGUAUUGUUUUCAGCAUUAUACUUCUGCAGACACAUGUUUGAGCGCAUUUCAGGCUCCACUUGAUCCAAGCACUGCCUUGGGAGGAUUCUCAGGAAACAACUAUACAGAGGCUUCUGCAUUCAUUGUCACCUACCCAGUUAAUAAUGCAGUUGAUGAUGUAGGAAAUGAGAAUGCGAAGGCAUUGGCUUGGGAGAAGGCUUUUAUUCAGUUAGCAAAGGUAAGCUAUGUGGUAAUGUUCGUUUACAUAUCUCUAACCUUGGGAGAUGCACCUCAUUUAUCUUCUUUUUACCUCUCAUCGAAGGUCCUGCUUGGCUUGUCAGGAGUCAUGCUUGUUGUGCUUUCUGUCCUUGGAUCUGUUGGAUUUUUCAGUGCUGUUGGAAUUAAAUCUACAUUAAUCAUAAUGGAAGUCAUUCCUUUCCUCGUUCUGGCCGUUGGUGUAGAUAACAUGUGUAUACUGGUACAUGCUGUGAAACGGCAACCACUGGAGCUACCUUUAGAAAUGCGAAUAAGCAAUGCGCUGGCUGAAGUUGGCCCAUCCAUAACAUUGGCUAGUUUGUCUGAGAUUCUGGCAUUUGCAGUUGGAAGUUUCAUUCCUAUGCCAGCUUGCCGUGUCUUCUCCAUGUUUGCAGCCCUUGCUGUUCUACUGGACUUCUUUCUGCAAGUUACUGCCUUCGUUGUGCUGAUAUAUUUUGACUUUUUGAGAGCUGAGGAUAACAGGGUUGAUUGUUUUCCAUGCAUAAAAGUCUCUUCAUCUACUGUGGAAACUAGUGAAGGGAUCUAUCAUAGAAGAGCUGGAUUGCUGACCCGCUAUAUGAAGGAAGUGCAUGCACGCAUUCUUGGAUAUUGGGUGGUUAAAAUGGUUGUUAUUGCUGUCUUUCUUGCUUUUACCUUGGCAAGCAUUGCAUUAUGUACUAGGAUUGAACCUGGUUUGGAACAGAAGAUUGCCCUUCCCCGUGACUCUUACCUUCAGGGAUACUUCAAUAAUGUCUCAGAGCAUCUUAGGAUUGGACCACCAUUAUAUUUUGUUGUCAAGGAUUACAACUACAGCUCUGAAUCAAGACAUACAGACCAGUUAUGCUCCAUCAGCCAAUGUGAUUCAAACUCUCUUUUAAAUGAGAUAUCAAGAGCAUCUUUAACACCAGAAUCGAGCUACAUUGCUAAGCCAGCUGCCUCUUGGCUUGAUGAUUUUCUGGUAUGGAUUUCACCUGAGGCUUUUGGUUGCUGCCGGAAGUAUUUAAAUGGUUCUUAUUGUCCACCUGAUGAUCAGCCACCUUGCUGUUCACCUGAUGAUGGUCCUUGUGGCGUUGGUGGAGUGUGCAAAGAUUGUACAACAUGCUUUCGGCACUCAGAUUUGGUCAAUGAUCGUCCAUCUACAACACAAUUUAGAGAGAAGCUUCCAUGGUUCCUCCAUGCACUGCCAUCUGCUGAUUGUGCAAAAGGUGGCCAUGGUGCUUACACUAAUAGUGUGGAUCUAAAUGGUUAUGGGAGUGGUGUUAUAAGAGCAUCUGAGUUCCGUACCUAUCACACACCACUUAACAAACAAGGUGAUUAUGUCAAUUCACUGCGAGCUGCACGGGAGUUUAGCUCAAGAAUUUCCGAUUCUUUAAAGAUGGAUAUCUUUCCAUACUCGGUGUUCUAUAUCUUCUUUGAGCAGUAUCUGGAUAUAUGGAGGACAGCUUUGAUCAACAUUGCUAUAGCACUUGGUGCAAUCUUCAUUGUCUGUCUGCUUAUCACUUCCAGUUUAUGGAGCUCAGCAAUCAUUAUAUUAGUCCUGGCAAUGAUUGUUGUGGACCUCAUGGGUGUAAUGGCCAUUUUGGAUAUCCAACUAAAUGCAGUCUCUGUUGUAAAUCUCAUAAUGUCAAUCGGGAUAGCUGUUGAGUUCUGUGUCCAUAUAACACAUGCUUACUUGGUGAGCCAUGGCGACAGGAAUCAACGAGCAAAGGAAGCUCUGAGUACAAUGGGAGCUUCUGUCUUCAGUGGGAUUACACUUACAAAGCUAGUUGGAGUGAUUGUCCUUGGCUUCUCAAGAUCAGAACUUUUUGUGGUUUACUAUUUUCAAAUGUACCUGGCAUUGGUUGUUAUUGGUUUCUUGCAUGGGCUCGUAUUUUUGCCGGUGGUAUUGAGCAUAUUUGGUCCACCUAAUCAACAUCUGAGUAUCGAUAUUCACCAGGUUGAAUCUUCUUCAGACUUGAGUUGAUACUUGUGGAAGUGUGGCUCCACUUUUUUCAGGCCAAUGUUCGACAGCGGUCUUCAAAUUAUAUGUGCUUGUGCAUACAUUCCGAGGCCCCAACCUCCCCGUUUGCAGGUGGAAACCUUGAUAUGUUGUAACAAUUUGAAAACGGCCAUAUAGAACGUAUCACAACAGACUCUUGAAACUCUUGAUCUUGUAUAAUUUUCAUCCAUUAGGGUUCUUUGGGUAAUUUAU